AUAACAGAUUACAUACCAGCGCGCGAAGAUAUAUUACUACUCGGCAUACAGUGCCCAAAUUUUAUCCUCGAGACGGGGAAAGUAUUGAAUGUGUCACGUGUGCGGGAAAAAAUAUCGCAGCAUUUACCUUUGUUCGAUUACAUAUCGAACCACACAGGGAUGAAUAUUCGACUACCGUCGGAAGUUGCUUUGUUGUAUUCUGUUUUCGAAACGAAGGCCGAUUUAAAUCAAUCGCUUCCAUAUUGGGCGCGGGAUAUCUUUCCCAAUGGGGGAAUGUAUAACGUGUCGUUGCUCGAAUACGAUCUCCUUUGGGAAACUCCUUUACAGAAGAAAUUAAAUGGUGGGGCAAUCGUGAGAGAGAUCUUAGUGAAUUCGUUGAUGUAUAUGAGAGGGGACGUGUCGAGGAAACGAAAGCUCAUGAUGUACAGCGGGAACGAAAGAAACAUCGUGAGCGUUUUGAAGAGCUUAAAUUUGUGGUCACCGCAUAUUCCUAACGAGGCAGCAUCCGUGAUUUUUGAACUUUAUUUUGACAACGAAACGGAAAUUCAUGGUGUAAAGAUUAAUUAUUACACGGGAGUAGAUGGUAUCACCAUUCCUUUGAAAAUACCAAAUUGCACCGAAAUAUGUCCAAUUAGGACAUUUUUAUAUUCGAUAAUAGAUAUUUUACCUGAGAACACGCAACGAUUGUGUCAUUGUGGAAAGAUUGAUCUUUCUGAUCCGAGUGUGAUAAUCAACGAUAUCGUUUAUAGUAGAUCUGUUUCUCAUACAUUACAAAAUAUCAUGCUUCUUAUUUUAUUAGUAAUUACUUUGUUCGUAUAAUAAUAAAUUUGUAUAAAUGAAUGUAAUCUCAUUGCAAAUAAUCGAAUAAUUCACACACGUGUGAGAAGACUAAAAAAAAAGGAAAAAAAAAAAUACAAAAAAAUAACAAUUUGCACUCGUAUUAAAAA